ACUAGAACCAUGAUCGAUCAUGUGUUUGAUGAUUAUGAACUCUUGCCGGUUGUUCUGGUCAAGAUGGGGAAGUUCCUCGAUUUGUUGUAUAAAUAUCCAUAGGGUGUAUCAUUUUCUGCGCAUACACUCAGGAUAAUAAUGACACCAAUUUCCUUUGUCAUCUCAACCACGUUAGCGUGUGCUAGCUUUCUCAUACCACAACAAGUCUCAGCAAAUCCUACACCGGACUAUAGCAGUGAUGAUGAACAGGACGCGACGCUUAGAAUACAGCUGAACCAAGAUCUGUCUCUGAGUGACACAUCUCAAGUUUCUCUCGCGACACAGAUCCAGCUUUGUGAGUGUUCAGGCAAAACUCUUUUGAAUAACGAGUGCUAUUCGUCUAUGACAACGGCAAUCAAAAAGGCAGAGUCGGGUGAUAUAAUCUAUAUCGGAGGGUUGCAGGCCGUUUUCAAUCCGAUAUUCUUGCACAUUUCGCUGUCUAUUGUAGGUGUUGAGUGCGAUAGGGAGAGAGCAUGGGUAUCGGUCUCACUAGACGAAGUAGCCACAUCAGCAUUUCACUUGAAUUCAACCAUAGAUACUGAACCUUACCAAUCGCUUUCGUUGUACAACUUCGAUAUGCAACCGACCGUAGCCGGUUUGAUGUCAUCUGCGGUGCGAUCAGACAACUGGGACUACGUCCGUAAUUUGCAUAUUGAAGAUAUGAAAUUUGAAGCAUUUCAUAAUGAAAUCAAUGGUAGCGUGUUGUACUUGGGGCAAUCUGGCGAGGUAACGAUAAAGAACAGCCAAUUCAUCAAAAACCACGUCACCGAGAAAAGGGAGACUGGUGGUACUCUAUAUAUCGCAACCGUUCCUGAACACUCACGACUCACGAUUGGAGGCUUGUGGGAGAAGAACGUAGCGGAAGGAGUUCAUGCCGAGGGUGCGGCCGUAUACUUACUAUGGGUGUAUGGAGUUGUCGAAUUUACACCCGACGCUAGAUUCAUCGAGAAUGAGGCAUGCGAGGCCCCAGCAGCAGAGGUUCGUGUUAUCUACAAUUCAGCCUCUGUGAAGUUCAAUGGUUACUAUCAUAAGAAUAAGGCAGUCGAUAGAGGCUAUGGAGCAAGAGGCGGUGCGAUCAGGUCAUUGAUGAUUAUGUCGCCCGAUGUUGAGGUCAGCGGUACUUUCACGGAGAACGAGUCGGAAGGUAAAGGCGGAGUAUAUGCUGUGAAUAGGUUGUACAAGGAUGGUGGUAUACACAUAAGUGGGUCUUUCAUCAAGAACAAAGCUAAGGCGUUCGGAGGGGUGGUAGCUGCAGAUUGGGGUAUCAUUGGCGUCCUUACAAUUAGCGAAGAGGCAUAUUUCGAGGAUAACGAAGCGUACACUGACGAUCGCAAUAUCUUACAAUUCCGAGUUUGUGGGCUUUGCAAUUUCCUGUCUAAAUACGACAAAAUUUUAGGACAGAAGGAGUGGGAAGACAAUGGUCCAAAAGCUUACACAUUCGAAGGGGGGUUCUCUCCGUCGAUGUAUGACGAGGUGUACUGCUCGUUAAAUGACGAUGAUAAGACAUGGAUCCAAAAGACAUAUCAGCCCAAAGCCUGGGAUAUGUUCAUCGACAGCGAGGAUCCAGAGCCAGAUCAGAAGCCGGAGUGCUGAGCUGUUGAUGCACAUUACACUUUUCCUAGGCACCGGUAGAUGUUUUGUAAACAUACUAGGAACAUAGUUUUCCGAGAAUAAAGUCUAUACGAAUAUUAC